AGUGAUUACCGUUACACGAAAAUUGCAUUAAACGUAAAUUGCGUAAAUGUCUACUUCUAUUUCUGGAUUUUUAGAUUAUGAUUUAGAUUAUUAGAUGUGGCGUCAAGUAAACUUUCAGGACGAAACAAUGUUUGACCCGAACAUGUGUGCGCAAAAGGAAGAAUGCCAUAAUCCGUAUAAUAACGAUAUUUUAAAAAGGUUAUUUUAUUUGGAAAACGACAUUACUAAGAUUAAAAUAAAAGAUAAACAUCAUGAAGACAUCAGAGUUCAUUUAGUAUUUUUAAUAAAAAGUGCUUGUAAUUUACUUAAUUUGGCAAAGACUACAUUGCAUUUGGCUAUAUACCACAUGGAUAUAUUUCGAAGCUGCCAUAUUUUUUUGAGUCAGGUGAAUUUAAAAUUGGUUGCCAUAAGUGCAAUCUGUAUUGCCGGCAAAUUCGAGGAAACGGAUAUCACAAUUCCAAGCCUUGCGCAAAUGAACAAAAUUUUCGAAACCAGUUAUACUCUUAGCGAGUAUAAAGAAUUUGAGAAACGAAUGUUACUAUCACUAAGCUUUAAACUAAAUUAUCCAACCACGGCUUCAUUUAUUGAGUAUAUUGGCGCUCCUGUAGUUACUUUAAAUGAUUUUAGUUUAUAUGUACAAAAUUCACAAAACGCAGUUUUCAAAAGAAAUUCGACGUUGAUUUUUAAAAGUUUUAGUGAUAUGUUUAAUGUAGUAAAUAAUAUGGUUGCAACAAUUUCGGAUCUAUCGUUAAAUAUACAUGAUAUACAAUUUAUAAAUGCAAAACCAUCUAUUAAAGCAAGUGCAUGUUUAGCUUGUGCACGGAUUGUGACACAUGUGGAACCAGCAUGGCCAAGACAUUUAAUGCAAAGAACAGGGUGUGGUUUUGAGAAAAUUCAAGAAUGUGUGGGUAUGUUAAAAUGCUGUUACGACCGGAGUGGUUACAAAUACAAUCAUGUAAAUGCAAGUUCUCAACAGUUUGCAAUAAGCCCUGACUCUGGUAUAUCUCUAGAACAUUAUAAUAACCAAAAAGAAUAUGAUUCUGAAUCGAGUACAAAUGACUCAAUUGAUGGACAAUAUAUUGAAACUGAAGAAAGUAUUAUUAGAUCUCCAAAAUCUAAAAGAGCCCGUAUGGAUUAAGUAUUUACAAUACUUAUUUUUUUUGUUGGGUACAUUCAUAAUUACAUUGAAUGUCAUUUGAGUACAGCUAUAAAUACCUUAUUUAAAUUUGAACAUAAACUACUAAUUAAGUGUUAAGUAAAAAGUUGUAGACUAUUGUUGAUCAUAUAUUUAAACGAAAAUUGUUGUUUCGCAAAAGAAAAGCUAUUUUAAGUUUGAGGAUAAAAUAACUGUAAAAAUAUACGCGGCAAGCUAAAGAAAUAUAUGUAAAUGAUGUUCACGAUCUAGAGUUACGAGCUCGUCAACCACGUAAAAGUAUUUUGUUGUAUACUAUGUUACCGACCACGAGUCACAUAGUUAUUCACGAUAAUGAAUAACCACUUUAGCAUACUUCUUUAAAACCGGUGUAAUAAGGUACAUAUUUUAAAUUUAAAAUAUAUAUAUGUCUAUAAAACUAUAUAGCGAAAAU